CGGGCGGCGCCGGGAAGCGCUGCCGCGCGGCUCUGCACCGCAGCCGGCAGCCCCGAGCGCAGCGCCGCGCCGCCAUGGAGGCCCCGCGCCUGGCGCACACCAUGAGCAGCCCCACGAGCCCCUGCGAGGAGGUCAUCAAGAACCUGAGCCUGGAGGCCAUCCAGCUCUGCGACCGGGACGGGAAUAAAUCGCAAGAUAGUGGGAUCGCAGAGAUGGAGGAACUGCCAGUCCCACAUAACAUCAAAAUAAGCAACAUUACGUGUGAUUCCUUCAAGAUUUCUUGGGAUAUGGAUUCCAAAUCCAAGGACCGCAUCACUCACUAUUUCAUCGAUCUCAACAAGAAAGAAAACAAGAAUUCCAACAAAUUUAAACACAAGGACGUCCCCACUAAAUUGGUGGCCAAAGCGGUUCCUUUGCCUAUGACGGUCCGGGGCCACUGGUUCUUGAGCCCAAGAACAGAAUACACAGUCGCAGUGCAGACAGCAUCAAAGCAAGUUGAUGGCGAUUAUGUUGUUUCUGAGUGGAGUGAAAUCAUCGAAUUUUGCACAGCAGAUUAUUCAAAAGUUCAUCUAACACAGCUUUUGGAAAAAGCUGAAGUGAUUGCAGGCCGUAUGCUUAAACUGUCUGUUUUUUACCGGAAUCAGCACAAGGAAUACUUUGAUUAUAUGAGAGAGCACCACGGAAAUGCCAUGCAGCCCUCUGUUAAGGAUAACAGUGGCAGCCAUGGCUCUCCCAUCAGUGGGAAGCUGGAAGGCAUCUUCUUUAGCUGCAACACUGAGUUUAACACUGGGAAGCCACCCCAGGAUUCACCAUAUGGAAGAUACAGGUUUGAGAUUGCAGCUGAAAAACUCUUCAACCCAAAUACUAACUUGUACUUUGGAGACUUCUACUGCAUGUACACAGCCUACCACUACGUCAUCCUCGUCAUCGCCCCGCUUGGCUCACCGGGGGACGAAUUCUGCAAGCAGCGCCUUCCCCAGCUAAAUAUAAAAGAUAAUAAAUUUCUGACCUGCAAUGAGGAAGACGGUGUCAUGGUUUACCAUCACGCCCAAGAUGUUAUUUUGGAAGUAAUUUACACUGAUCCCGUGGAUCUCUCUCUUGGCACAGUUGCAGAAAUCACCGGUCACCAACUAAUGAGCUUGUCUACUGCAAAUGCAAAGAAAGAUCCUAGCUGCAAGACCUGCAAUAUCAGUGUUGGACGCUAAAGCCUCCCUCGUUACGUAGGAGUCUUCAAAGCUCUGUUGUCCAUGUCCAUAGUCAGACGGUCUCUCCAGAAGCAUGCCCAUGCCGCUGUCACCAAAAGCAAACAGCAGUUCAGAAUCUUCAGUAGCGUUUCUAGUAGUUCUUCUCUCCCUCUUUCCCUUCUGUUCCCCCAAUGCUUUAAAUGAUUAGAAGUCCUGGAUUUCUUUCUGGCAACUAUUUAUACUUAGAUGCUGCAAAAAAUGUUUUCUGUUUCUUGCCAAACAUAACAAAAGUCCUAUAUAAACUGCUUUAGCAAAAUAAAAAUAAUGGCUUAUAAACGGUGUUUAAAUAUGCAUUCAUUUUUAACUACUGAACAAAUACUGGGAUAACUCCAAGCAGCAUGAAAGGUUGUAAUUGCAGCAUGAUUUAAAUCUCAAAGCCUAGAAAUGUCAGCACCUCCAACGUGUUGUUUGACAGUGUUAUUUAUGUUAUUUAUAUUAGCUAACUGAAAACAGAAACUGUGUCUUGACAUAAUAAAUAUAAUAGAAAAAUAUUUUAUUUGUACUGUUGUAUAAAAUAUUAUACAAUCAUAUAGAAUAUAUAGAUUACAUUUUAAUAUCAAUUGUAUACAUGUCAUGAAAUCAUUUUCCCUUAUCAAAGAUGUAGUUUGUAAACUUCAAAUAGCUCUGUAUCUGUUCCUGUUGCUCUAGAUGACUUUAAUUAAAACAGAUUUACGAAGGAGACCAUUCUGAUUCAUAAAAGCUAAGU